CCCCUCCCCAUUGUGGCAGUCUUGGGGCUCUCUGGGAACGUUAUGUGGGCAGUCUCAGCUCCUGGAAGGUGCACAGCUGUGCUUCUAGAACUUUUGCUGGGUGUGCAAAGAGGAAGUCUACCCACCUUGGGGCUCCCACCUCCUGAAGGAUCCCAGUGUGGCCCCAGCAGAAAACCUGGAGCCAGAGGGAAUGGCCCCUAAGAUCCCAAGGCCCCCCUCCCAGGGGUCAUUAACAUUCAAAGAUGUGGCUGUGGACUUCACCCAGGAAGAGUGGUGCCUAUUGGACCAUUCCCAGAAGGAGCUGUACCUGGAGGUCAUGCUAGAGAAUGUACAGAAUGCACUCUCUUUGGGGCUUCAAGUUCCUAGAGAAAAUUUUAUCUCCUAUUUUCAUCAAGGGAAAGCACCACGGAUGCUAGAGCAAAAAGGUCCAAAGAGCUACUGCCCAGAAGCAAAGACUAAUUUUGAAGUGAAGGAGAUGUCUAAAAAGCUGAGCCGUUUUGUAAAAGGAUCUGGCCCCCAAGGAUGCAUAAAUGAGGGUCUCCAUGACUUCAUUUUGAGAGAAAUCUGUGACUCUAAUAUCAAGGUAAAUAAAAGCCCAAAGAGUGUCUGUGAAGUUGAUGAAACUGCAGAGAAAUUCAGCCAAUAUUCAGACCUAAAUCAGUAUAUGAAAUUAACCUCUGGAAAUGAUGGUUGUCAGAAUAGUGUAUAUAGCAAAUGCUUUCCUGAAGAAGUAGGAUGUGUUCAGUCACCUGAGAAACUUCUUGAAAUGCCCAUGUUUCAAAGUACUGUUGGAGAAAUGGCCUUUAGACGGAGUUCAAACCUCCUUAGGCAUCCAAAAAGUAAACAUAUCAAUAUGGUUUCUGUGAGUGAAAAAGGGUCGCAACCUUUAAGUCAGAACUCUGAACUGGCAGCACAUCAGAGAAUCCAGGAUGGAGAGAAACCAUAUGAAUGUAAACAGUGUGGAAAAACUUUCAAACGGAAGGGCCAUCUUGCUGCACAUCAAAGAAUCCACAGUGGAGAGAAACCUUAUGAAUGUAAACAGUGUGGAAAAGCUUUCACACAGAGGAGCAAUCUUGCUGCACAUCAGAGAAUUCACACUGGAGAGAAACCUUAUGAAUGUAAACACUGUGGAAAGUCUUUUACAUGGAAGGUCUCUCUUGCUGCACAUCAGAGCAUCCAUACUGGACAGAAACCUUAUGAGUGUAAACACUGUGGAAAGACAUUUACAGACAAGAGAUCUCUUGCUACACAUCAGAGAAUCCACACUAGAGAAAAACCUUAUGAAUGUAAACACUGUGAAAUGGCUUUUACAUGGAAAAUCUCUCUUGCUUCACAUCAGAGAAUUCACACUGGAGAGAAACCUCAUGAAUGUAAACACUGUGGAAAAGCUUUUACCACAAAGGUCACUCUUGCUGCACAUCAGAGAAUCCAUACUGGAGAGAAACCUUAUGAAUGCAAACAGUGUGGAAAAGCAUUCACAGAGAGGAGCCAUCUUUCUGCACAUCAGAGAAUCCACACUGGAGAGAAACCUUAUGAAUGUAAACACUGUGGAAAGGCUUUCACACAGAGGGGCUCUCUUGCAGCACAUCAGAGAAUCCACACUGGAGAGAAACCUUAUGAAUGUAAACACUGUGGAAAGGCUUUUACAGAGAGGGGAUCUCUUGCUGCACAUCAGAGAAUCCACACUGGAGAGAAACCUUAUGAAUGUAAACACUGUGGAAAGGCUUUCACAAAGAGGAGCUCUCUUGCUAAACAUCAGAGAAUCCACACUGGAGAGAAACCUUAUGAAUGUAAACACUGUGGAAAAGCUUUCACACGGAGGGACUCUCUUGCUAGGCAUCAGAGCAUCCACAUUGGAGAGAAACUUUAUGAAUGUCAUAAACUUGGAUAGGCUUUCACAUAAAUCUCUACAGUUGCUUCAUGUCAGAAAAUCUUCACUGGAGAGAAACCUCAUGAGUGAGGCUGUUCUGUUGCAUAAUUUCUAGUUCCAUAGGAACACAAAUAAGAGAAAGUCUCCAGGCCAAAAAGAAAUUGGUUUAUUGAGAGAGGGCCAGUUUCACAAUAAAGCCGAACUUCUGGUUAAGAAAGACCCAGAGUCUUGUGAGUGGCCCCCUGACAUACCAAACUUAUGCUAAAAUGUAUAGGUUUAUGAUUGUCAACAAAUCAAACACAGAAUCUACAGUAUUUUUACAGUAACUUUAGCAACAAAAAUAGGGGUCAGCAACUAUGAAAAUAAAGUAUUUAUAAAAACGUUACCUAAGCAGUGAGAUCAGCAAAUGUAAAAAUUAUACUAUCAUGUAAUUACACUGGGCAUAUAUAGAUAUAGAUAUAGAUAGAUAGAUAUAUAGAUAUAGAUAGAUAUAGAUAUAGAUAGAUAGAUAUAUAGUCCCAAAACAGUAAAAUAAGGGAGUUUUUACCAGAGCUAAUUAAGUCACCACGGGUGGUUACAGAUAUCUAUUCUUGGUAAAGCCUCCCGCCAGCGAGAAGCUUUAUGGUAGGAAAAUAGAAAAGGGAUAGAAGUUUUGGAUCCCGCGAAGGGCGUGAAGGAGCCAAGCUUUUGAGAUGUCAAUAAUGAGUCAGUAAUCAAUUAUUAUUAAUAUUUGGGAGCCGCAGCCAUGCUCCAAUCAAUGGACGUCACUGAAAGGCUAUUUUCCGCCCAGAGAUCCCGUUUAACACUACACUGGUCAGAGGAUGAUAUAGCUCAGCUGGGAGAAUGAAUAGAGACUAAUAGAAUUAGAGAAUGCUAGGUAUUAGCAUUGGAAAAGAAAGAGAGACACCUGGCCGAAGCCAGGCCUCAGGUAAAGAUAGAGAGGAGAGAGAAAGGUGGUGAUAGCAAACCUGUAGCUCAUCCAAGAACAAGCAGGAGAAAGAGAGAGAGGAAGAGGAGGAGCUGGCCACGGCUUUCCAAUUUAUUAUCUACGCAAAUGAACUCAAUACAUAUUGAUAAGUUACACAAUGCCUCAAUACAUAUAGAUGAGUUACCUAGUGUAUUGCCAUUGGAUAAUUGCAAAUCGCGACAAGGUGAAGGGUGGAGUUUUUAUCCUCAGGUGAGUGAGACAAAAGGAAGCAGGAUUUUCGCGCCCUAAUUUCAGCCAUGCUGGGAAAGAGUUCAUUGCCAUGCGCAGAAUGGCAGAAUGGCCAUGUGCCCAUUCACAAACCUUGUCUCUUUAUAAUACCUACGGGCUGGACUGCUACACUUGGGAUUAUUCUUACUUAAGAUAGAUGUUACAAAAUACAUUCACUUAAGUUUUACCAUGCUUGACUUAUGCUACAAAUACAUUUUAAUCAAAACGCUAACACCUGCUGUUUGAGUUACACAAAUGAGAGAUUCCUAGAAUUUUCCUAAGGCCUCUGCUAACAAUGAUUAACUAUGAUAAAGCUAUAAUUUUAAUGAAAUCAAACCUUAGAGUUGGUAAUAAAACGAUCAUAAAGUGGGAUAGGUGAUUUCUUCACUCAUUGAUCUUAUAGUUGCCGCUUUUAGAUUAUUUAACAUACAAGGAUCCACACUCAAAAAACUUUGAGAAGAUGAUAAAUAUGAUAAGGCCUUCAGGCAACAACCAUCUAUUCCCAAGUAAAAAAUCUUUUUGGAUAGGAAUCUUAUUACUGUCAUGAGAAAAGAAAGACAUUGAAAUGGAGAGUCCAGUAUGAGAAAAUGUCUUCUGAACAGACCAGUUCCAGAUGGAUUCCCUGUAGAAAGACUUUUAUCCAAAAAUCAUCUCUUACUUCAUGUCAAAGAAUUCAAAAUGCAGAAAAACCUAAUGAAUGUG